GAUUCAAGUGUACAAUUGGCUUUCAGGCAAAGGGAGAUCAUACUACCCUGACGAUCGAUCGUCGCCAUCGUCCUUCGGCGAGCUGCUAUGCCACCUCAACCUGUACGACGCAAGACGGUUAUCGUCGGCGACGGUGCCUGCGGCAAGACAUCGCUUCUAUGCGUCUUUGCGCUUGGGGAAUUUCCACAGGAGUAUCAGCCGACCAUAUUUGAAAAUUAUGUUGCAGAAAUCCGCUUAGACGGAAAGCCGGUCCUGCUCGCGCUCUGGGACACAGCAGGGCAAGAGGAGUACGAGCGCUUGCGUCCUCUGAGCUACUCACAUGCGCACGUCAUCUUGAUCGCAUUCAGCAUCGACACGCCAGAUAGUUUGGAGAAUGUGCGCUACAAGUGGAACGAAGAGGUGCGACAGAUUUGUGGAAGGCAAAUCCCCGUCAUUCUCGUCGGCUGCAAGCGGGAUCUUCGGGAUGACGCCGAGGCCAAGGCCAAGGCGGCAGUGGUGGCAGAUUCUUUACAAUCAAAUGGAGCAGGCGCGCCGCCGGACUUGGAUUGGCAAAAGAAUUUUGUCUCAAAACGACAGGGAGUCGAGAUGGCAAACUCGAUAGGCGCACGUGUGUACCUCGAGACAUCUGCUCUCAAAAACGAUGGUGUUGAUGCGGUCUUCGAAGCAGCCACUCGCGCAGCGAUGCUCGUACGCGACUCAGAGGCCAGCACAGGUGGCGGAGGCAGAGUUCGAGAUGCGGACGGCGGCAUGGGGGGCCUGAGUGCAGGAGGUACAGGCGGCGAAAAGCACCGAACAGGCGGGGAUCCCCGUGGCGGAAGACGGAAAGGGCACGAUGAUGUAGGCGGGUGUAGAUGCGUCAUCUUGUAGGAUUCGCUCUUCGGAACGGAAAGACCUCCACAGCUCACUGGCAGAAACCACUCGCUCUUCUCUUUGCAAUAUUCUAAACCAUCGCGCCACCUGCUCACCCGUUUCAAUCCCAUCGAUUCAUCCAACAAGCGACUGC